AUGCCCGGGCGAACAGCCUGGAAAGGCGCGAACUGGGCUUGCCUGUCUGUCCAGCGACGCCUUUGGAACCCUGCAGACCGCAGCCCUCUUCUUGCACUGGGGACAGCUGUCACCGGCCUGAGGCAUCCAUGUAUUGACGUUACAGACCUUGGCCAGCAGCGAAUCAGAUCGAGCCCAUUGAACUUACAGAACCGCCACGCCGGCAACGUCAAAGUGCCGCUCAACACCACAACUCUCCUCCCCGCUCUGCCCGCACCCACCACGCCCACCAUGGCAAGCACGAGGCCAAUGACUAUGUUGGCUCGCGCCCGGCCGACCACGCAGCUGCUGCGUGCGUCCCACACGCCCGCGACCGCCCUGUUCUUCUCGACCAGCGCACCGCGCGCCGCUCUUCCCUCCGGUCCGCCACCCUCGGGAUUCCGUCUACCGACCCCCAAGCGUUGGGACGAAGGUGCCGAGAGCUCUCUCGACAAGGCUGGGAAAUACUUCCUUCUGACCGAGAUGAUGCGCGGCAUGUACGUCGUGCUGGAGCAGUUUUUCCGCGCGCCGUACACAAUCUACUACCCCUUCGAGAAAGGCCCCAUCUCCCCGCGCUUCCGUGGCGAGCACGCCUUGCGCCGCUACCCGACCGGUGAGGAGCGUUGCAUUGCUUGCAAGUUGUGCGAAGCCAUCUGCCCGGCCCAAGCCAUUACCAUCGAGGCCGAAGAGCGUGAGGAUGGAAGCAGGCGCACCACCAGAUACGAUAUCGAUAUGACCAAGUGCAUCUACUGUGGCUUCUGCCAAGAGAGCUGCCCCGUCGACGCUAUUGUCGAAUCCCCUAACGCCGAAUACGCGACUGAGACAAGAGAGGAGCUGCUCUACAACAAGGAGAAGUUGUUGUCAAACGGUGACAAGUGGGAGCCUGAGUUGGCCGCCGUUGCGAGGGCCGAUGCGCCCUACAGGUAA